GGCGAUCCUAACAUAACAUAACAUUAUUGCAGGAUACGAUUCCGUCCCUUUUAGUUUUCGUUUGCAAAUUGCAAAUUGCAAUCCACCAUAAAACGCAGAUGAGAUUUCGCGUUUCAAACGCUCUGCGAUCACUCAUUGUGGUUUUCUUCAUAUUGAGCUUCAUCGUUGCUGAUGCAUACACCUCACAAUCCCAACAACUAUCGCUUCUCAAUAAUGGAUUCUCUUCUUCAUCUCUUCUCUCUCUUCCACCUUCAGUUCCGAAUUCCUUGGUCAGAAAACCAGCUACUGCACUCAUCGCUGCCCUAGAUGGAACUAUUUAUUUGGUUGAAAGUUCUUCUGGAAGGGUCAUUUGGUCAUUUCCAACUGGAUCCCCAAUCUACCAUUCAUAUCAAGCACCAAUCCUCAACAACAACAACCCUAAUAACAAUUCAUCUGGACCUAUUAGCGGUCUCAUCGAAUGCGGUGAUGACUGGGAAUUAAUUGUGCAUGACUCGCACUUUGGUAAAACGCCACUCCAACAAUCUAUUGCAGAUUAUGUUGCUUUUACACCUACCAUGACAACAGAUGGUGCAGUUAUAGUUGGAUCCAAAAUAAGCACUAUGUUUGAAGUAGAUGCUAAAACUGGAAGACUCGUUCGAAGCUAUCCUGCUGCUGAUGUUGAUAAUACUUUAACUGUAGUGUGGAGUGAUGACGGGCAGAGUGUUACUAAUGUCCUCAGUACAAAGAGUAAUGUGCUUGCUGAUCCUGCAAAGCUAAAUACUCCUGAAUUUAUAAUCAAGAUAGUCAGGACAGAUUACUUUUUAAAAUCUGUCGGUCCCAAAUCAGGAAUGGUUUUGUGGACUAUGGCUGUGGCUGAAUUUAAGGCUGUAUUACUUUGCCAACAUAAUGAAAAUCCAUCUGGCAGUGCUUCAUUUGAUGCAGAGGAUGAGUAUGCUUUUGACAGUGGCUUCGAUUUUGCUAUGCCAUAUGCAUGUCGAGACAGAAAACUAAAAGAAGUCUAUCGCCAACGAAAGAAUUUUCUGUUUGAACCUGCUAACCUGGAAAGAUGGGAUAAUCGAGACCGAAUGCGUACUUCAGAUCUGAUGCUUCCAUCACAGCCUAAUAUUGAUAGAUUUGUCCCUGGUCAUGAUGGUAAUAUUAAUCAUAAGAUGCUUCCUGUGCUCUCUUUGCAGCCAAAAAUUGGCUUUUAUGACUCUAACGAUAGAGCAGUUGUGCUCCAUCAGCCUCAUAUGAAGAUCACUUCACCAGGGAAAGUUGAUCCAAAUAGGGUUCAAAAAAUCAGCUAUGACCCCAACGAUAGUGCAGCUGUGCUUCAUCUUCCUAGUAUGGAGAUCACUUCACCAGGGAAAGUUGGUCCAAACAGGGUGAUUGAUUGGUCGACAGCACUACUUGUUUUAUUGUUUAUGGUCUUUUUCUUUGGGUUUUUUAUCUUGUACCAGCCUCUAGUGGUUAAAAUUCAACUUAUAUUGAAGGACCAAAACAGUGAGCCAGAUUUAAAAAGUUUACCUCCUAAAAAAAAGAGAGCACGUAAGUCAGGAAAGAACAACAUCAUUGUUGACAAACAGGAUAAGCAUCUAUCAUCAGCUGAGGAGGAUAUACUUACACAUAAGGAAACUAACAGUGAAGCAUGGUUGCACUUUAAUAAAGUUGAUGGACGAAGGAUCGGUAAACUAUUUGUAUCCAAUAAAGAAAUCGCUAAGGGAAGCAAUGGUACCAUUGUCCUCGAAGGGCUAUAUGAAGGGCGGGCAGUUGCUGUCAAACGUCUUGUCCAGACUCAUCAUGAUGUAGCCCAUAAAGAAAUCCAAAAUCUCAUUGCUUCUGACUGUCAUCCAAAUAUUGUCAGAUGGUAUGGGGUGGAAUAUGAUCACGAUUUUGUGUACCUUGCUCUGGAGCGUUGUUCAUGCAAUUUGGAUGAUUUGAUUCAUAUUUACUCUGAUAUAUCAGAAAACCCAGUGUUUGGCAAGGACCAAGCUUCUAAUUUCUUUAUAAAGGCUCAGAUGGAGACAGGGAGGGAUGAUAUGCAAUAUCUUUGGAAAGCAAAUGGCUAUCCAUCACCUCUAUUACUGAAAAUGAUGAGGGAUGUAGUUUCUGGUCUUGUUCAUUUGCAUGAACUAGGAAUAAUCCAUCGGGAUUUGAAACCCCAAAAUGUUUUGAUAAUCAAGGAAAGAUCAUUAUGUGCAAAGCUUUCUGAUAUGGGGAUUAGCAAACGCCUUCUUGGAGAUAUGUCUUCUUUGGAUCAUAGUGCUACUGGCUGUGGCAGUUCAGGUUGGCAAGCACCAGAGCAGCUUGUUCAAGGACGCCAAACAAGGGCAGUAGAUUUAUUUAGUUUAGGUUGUGUCCUCUUUUUCUGCAUGACUGCAGGAAGACAUCCAUUUGGAGAACGUCUUGAGCGUGAUUUCAAUAUUGUGAAAAAUCAAAAGGAUCUUUUCUUAGUGGAGUUCAUUCCUGAAGCUGAGGAUCUUAUUUCUUGUUUAUUAAACCCUGACCCUGAUCUAAGGCCAAAGGCAAUUGAAGUAUUGCAUCAUCCUCUUUUUUGGAGUUCUGACAAGAGGCUUUCAUUUCUCCGCGACACCAGUGAUAGGGUGGAACUUGAAGAUAGAGAGACUAAUUCUGAUCUAUUGAAGGCAUUAGAAAGCAUUGCUCCUGUGGCUUUAGGUUCAAAAUGGGAUGAAAAGAUGGAACAAGCUUUCAUUACUAACAUUGGUCAUUACAGGCGGUAUAAAUUUGACAGUGUUCGAGACUUGUUGAGGGUCAUGAGAAACAAGCUAAAUCAUUAUAGAGAAUUGCCUCAGGAAAUCCAGGAACUAGUAGGACCUGUUCCAGAAGGAUUCAAUGACUACUUUGCAAGUCGCUUCCCCAGGCUCUUGAUUGAAGUAUACAAAGUUAUAUGCAUAUAUUGCAAGGACGAUGAAUGUUUUCAAAGGUAUUUCAGAGACAAUGACUAGUGCUUUAUCCUUUUUUCGGAUGGCUUGAGAAUUAUCGAAAAGAAAAGAACGGUUGUUUGCGCAUUGGAGCUAUUUAUAACCUCAACCGGCAGGUUUUUCAAGGCGUGUAACAUAUUGUACAUAUGUCGCCACUCGAUACUGGUUAAUCUAACGCAAUGUUACAAUGGAAAACCAUUUGUAUAAUCUCUAGUGUUCAGAGGAGUGAACUAAAUGUAUAGUAAUAUAUUUUACAAGGCUGGCUAGGACCCUUGAACGAUACAAUAUCUUUUUUCCUUUAACCCUCUUAGCCAUAUAGAAU